AGAGCUCUGAGGGCGCUGAGCGCUGCUGGGCAUCAUUGCAGUGCUCACCGGAGACAGAUCACAGAAGCAGUUUUUAGCUCUGGGCCUUUCCUGUGAACACCAAGGCUCUGGCUGUGUCCAGAUGUACCCUGCCAGGAGCUGAGGGGCUGUGGGACAUUCAUGAAGAGAUCCUCAAAGAAAAGAUGUCUCAGAGCCAGCAGAGUCUCCGAACUGUUUGAUCACAUUCCAGCUCUUCCCAUACUUCAAUUUCUGUUGCUAUGGAGACUUCCAAUGUGACUGAGACCUGGUACAAGAGCCUCCAUGCUGUGCUGAAGGCUCUGAACACAACCCUUCACAGUCACUUGCUCUGCCGGCCUGGGCCAGGACCAGGGCCAGGGUCAGGGUCAGGACCAGAGCCAGACAAUCAAACUGAGGAUCGUCGGGCUAGCCUUCCUGGUCGUAAUGACAACUCCUACAUGUAUAUUCUCUUUGUCAUGUUCUUAUUUGCUGUCACUGUGGGCAGUCUCAUCCUGGGAUAUACCCGUUCACGCAAAGUGGACAAACGCAGUGACCCCUAUCAUGUGUACAUCAAGAACCGCGUGUCUAUGAUCUGAUGUGAGGUGAUGGAGGACAAUGGAAGGUUACGAUGUCUGAGGAUUGUCUUCUUGGGCCUCCAGAACUCAUCUCAACCCUAUCAAGCCUCGGUGUUUCUACCUAUAUGAAAUCAAUAAGAAAUUGGUAAGAGAGUUAGACACUGAGACCAGAGAAGAGGGCUGAUAGGCUUGGUCUUAUGGACGAGACAUUUUUCCAGACACAGAUGCACAGUAUAAACUCGAAGCCCAUGAGCACACAUUUAUAGAAGUACGGACAACCAGCAAGUAGAAAAAGGAAGCUGUGGUGAAGGGAUACUGGACAGGAAGAUGCUCUGGAUACUGGACAGGAAGAUGCUCUGGAUACAUAUCUUUUAAUGUAUGAUCUUCAACAUGAGAAACUUUGAUAAAACUGAGAAUGCUACUUAUUUGUAUUGAUUUAUAUUUCAUUCAUUAAAUACUCUCAACAUUUGUGGAUUUUGCCUCAUCUGCCAAGAAAACAGAACAAGACCCAUGACUGGCACUCAAGAAGCUGAGUGGGGAGCAUCAUUUGAGUUCAGGAGUUCAAGACCAGCCUAGGCAAGCCCUAUCUUGGUAGGGAUUUGGUGGGGAAAUAUCUUACUUUUACAAAUAUUACCAAAGACAUGUCACUGUAUUAAUGUAUUGCUUGGGCACUUCCUGGACCUUAAGACAGACUGCAAAGCAUAGAGUCAUGAGCAUUACACUCAUUAGUGACAUGGUCAUAUGCUUCUUGAGCCACGCCACUGUGCCCUUCCUAGUCACGGCUCCAAUCCCAGGGGCUUCACUACCUCGGGUGUAGCUUCUACACUAAAUUCUGUGAGAAAUGUUUUAAUAACAACAUGAAACUUGCUUCUAGAAGAUUAUUGUUACACCUAGGAGAUGACCAUGUUCAAAGACACAGUGUGUAAAAUGUUUGGUUCAGCACCUUACUUUUAAAGUGGUAUAAACUUUAUCUGGUUAUGCUGGU